CCGGCAUUUUUACCCUCCCUUUCUCUCAGUCUCUCAGCUGAUCUGUACAAGUCCAACUUGGAUAGUAUACAAUCCCUUAUUUACAAAGAAAUCAUGGAGGGUUCUACGGCUAUGUAUACGACUCUAGACAACUUAUCUGAAUCUGACUUUAAAAGAUUCAGAGAGUACCUGAGUCGGGACUUCAAGAAAGGCUUUAAGCCGAUCCCCUGGGGAAAACUGGAGAAAGCAGACGUGACUGACACAGUGCGUCUGAUGAGGAAUAGCUAUGGGGACCAAGGAAGUUCGGAGUUGACAAGGGACAUCCUGGAGACUAUGGGAUGUCUUGGGAUAGCGAGUAGAUUAAGUGGAGGGACUCAGAACGUUGAAGAUCUAGCACGGGGACAUUCAGAAACAGAAAUCAUGGAGGGUUCUACGGCUAUGUAUACGACUCUAGACAACUUAUCUGAAUCUGACUUUAAAAGAUUCAGAGAGUACCUGAGUCGGGACGUCAAGGAAGGCUUUAAGCCGAUCCCCUGGGGAAAACUGGAGAAAGCAGACGUGACUGACACAGUGCGUCUGAUGAGGAAUAGCUAUGGGGACCAAGGAAGUUCGGAGCUGACAAGGGACAUCCUGGAGACUAUGGGAUGUCUUGGGAUAUCAGAACAGAUGACUACAAAAACAGGCACCACAGCAGACGUGACAGACAAGCAGCUGAUGAAGCUGGCCAAGUGCAUGGGCGGGGAGUGGAAGCAGGUGGCCAUCGGCUACCUGGGAGUGCCCAAGGAGGAGCUGGAGAGGAUCCAGGAGUCGGAGCAGAAUGUGGUCAUGCAGCGUUAUUGCAUGCUGGACAAGUGGAGGAGGCAGAACAAGGGAAAGGCUGGAGUCAGGGAGCUUCACGACUGUCUGAAUGAGGACGACGUUCCCAAUGGUGUCAGAGACUGCCUGGAGCCCAGACCAUUUGGUGAAGUGAACAGCCAGAUGGAAGCUGCCUUAGUGGAGGAGUGGAGGCCUGAGCUCAUCCAGAGGGUCACAGCGGUGAUGCCCAUAGCAGACCAGCUCCUCUCUCAGAGGUUCAUUGGCCAAGAGACCUACGCCAAAAUCCAGGCUGCUGCCACCAGUCAGGACAAAAUGAGGCUCCUGUUUGAUGCCCUUCGUUCAGCUGAGGCUCGGGGAAAGCUGGCCCUCUACACAAUCCUACAGGCAGAGGAGCCUCAUCUAAUGAAGGAUCUGAAAAACAGACAUUCAGCAACCAACCAUUCAGAGUUUGAUGGUGCAGCAAAGUCAGCGAAGAUGACUACAAAAACAGGCACCACAGCAGACGUGACAGACAAGCAGCUGAUGAAGCUGGCCAAGUGCAUGGGCGUGGAGUGGAAGCAGGUGGGCAUCUGCUACCUGGGACUGCCCAAGGAGGAGCUGGAGAGGAUCCAGGAGUCGAAGCAGGAUGUGGUCAUGCAGCGUUAUUGCAUGCUGGACAAGUGGAGGAGGCAGAACAAGGGAAAGGCUGGAGUCAGGGAGCUUCACGACUGUCUGAAUGAGGACGACGUUCCCAAUGGUGUCAGAGACUGCCUGGAGGUGAUGUUGAAGAACAACUGA